GAAACGGGCCAUUGCCCAUUGCUCUUUCACACACUCGUUUAUUACUUGACGCCAAAAAAAGAAGAAGAGGUAAACGCGUUUGAGGAGUGCAACAGCUGUGGUUGUGAGAGAUGGCGGGUUACAGAGCAGAGGAUGACUACGACUACCUUUUCAAGGUGGUUCUGAUCGGCGAUUCAGGUGUGGGGAAGUCGAAUCUGCUUUCUAGGUUCACCAGGAACGAGUUUAGCCUCGAGUCCAAGUCCACUAUUGGCGUUGAGUUCGCUACUCGUAGCUUGAAUGUUGAUGGAAAGGUCAUCAAGGCUCAGAUUUGGGACACUGCUGGUCAAGAAAGGUACCGCGCCGUCACAAGUGCCUAUUACCGAGGGGCUGUUGGUGCACUUCUGGUGUACGAUGUUACACGACACUCCACGUUUGAAAAUGUCGAGAGGUGGCUAAGAGAGUUGAGGGAUCACACGGAUCCCAACAUUGUAGUCAUGCUCAUUGGUAAUAAAUCAGAUCUCCGUCACCUCGUGGCCGUCUCAACCGAGGAUGGGAAAUCCUUUGCCGAGAAAGAAUCCCUCUACUUCAUGGAAACUUCAGCCCUGGAAGCUACUAAUGUCGAAAACGCGUUUGCUGAAGUUCUCACACAGAUAUACCAUAUCGUGAGCAAGAAAGCUAUGGAGACUGGUGAUGAAGGGAACGGUUCAGCCGUGCCCUCCAAGGGAGAGAAGAUUGAUGUCAGUAAAGACGUGUCGGCUAUGAAGAAGGGAGGUUGCUGCUCAACCUAGGAUGUUGCUCAACCUUGGUUUUGUAAAAUUUUCUUAGAAGAGUGCCUAAAGUAGAUCAGCAGAGAUUGAUUUAAUUCUUCAUUAAGAAAAUAAUAUUUUUCCCCGUCUUGAUGACUGCUAUAUUUAGUAGAGAAGAGGCUUAUGAAGAAGAACAGGGUCUUGGGGUUUUACACUAUUGCAUUUCAAUAGGUUGUUGUUAUAGUAUCUGUUUAUUGAA